GCGCAGGCGUGCGGCUCUGGCCGCGGCUGCAGAGGCGGGGGCAGGCGCCCUUCCCGCGUCGUCCCGGCCUAGCUGGAGGCGGGCGCGGGCAGGACGCUUCCAGUGCCCUUUGUCGCGGGCCCGGGGCGCAGGCUUGACUGGCGUUUGGCGGGGGCCGCGGCCGGGGGCGGGCGGCCCCGCGCGCAGCCCGCGAGUGUGCUGGGGGGGAGCGGGGAGGGGGAGCGCAGCCGCUCAUUGGCUGGCGCCAGCGUGGGAAAGAAUGCGGAGCCGAGUUCACACGCCCUGCGGCCGCGCCGCCUUAAGUAGCCCGGCGGCCGGCGACGCUCCGUGCGGGCCCGGAGGCGCGGGGGCGCACCAUGCCCGCGGAGACCCCGGGGAAGCCGAGAGCCUCGCCGCCGGCCGGAGCGCCGGGUAAGCCCCGGAGCGCGGCGGAACACCGAAAGUCCUCCAAGCCGGUCAUGGAGAAGCGGCGCCGAGCGCGCAUCAACGAAAGCCUCGCGCAGCUCAAGACCCUCGUCCUGGAUGCCUUCAGGAAGGAUAGCUCCCGCCAUUCGAAGCUGGAGAAAGCGGACAUCCUGGAGAUAACCGUGAGGCACUUGCAGAGCCUGCGACGCGUACAGGUGACAGCCGCGCUCGGCGCUGACCCCGCCGUCCUGGGCAAGUACCGCGCCGGCUUCAACGAGUGUCUGGCGGAGGUGAAUCGCUUCUUGGCCGGCUGCGAGGGCGUCCCGGCCGACGUGCGUUCUCGCCUGCUGGGCCACCUGGCGGCCUGCCUGCGCCAGCUGGGGCCCUCGCGCCGCCCCGUCCCCCCGGCCCAGGUCUACGGCUGCCCGCCGCUCGCGGCCUUCGACGGUCCCUUCUUCCCCCUGCCGCGCCCCGGGUCGGUCUUGGCGCUGCGGCUCCCGCCAGGCCUGACCGGGGCGCCCCUCGCCGCCCCCAGGGCUGGCCCGCAGGGCCGGGGCGCGCCCUGGAGGCCGUGGCUGCGGUGAGGACUGUAGCGGAAGCUGCACCCCGUUCUAGGGCCGCGGCCUUUGCCGGGAGUGGACCAGAGACUAUUUGUUUCCAGGGCCCACAUUGAGAGAGUUUUUAUAUUUUUUUGUCCUUGUGAAGAGUCUAGUCUGACGUCUCUUUCAGCGCUUAGCUGGGGGUGGGGGUGGGGGCGGUCUGCUGUUUACUUUGCGCUGGACUUCCGGGGCGGGACUUCGGGUUGCUCUUCCCCACAGUCUGCACCCUCGGGGGGGGGGGGAGGGGGGAGGGGGGGAGGGGGCCCUUCCCUCCGUCCCUUCCCGCCCCUCCUCCCGCCCCCCGCCGGGCCUGGCUGGUGCGCCUGCGAUGGUUCAGAGGCCAGCGACCCUCCUAGAAGUGGCGCGGCGGGGCGGGGCGGGGCGGGGGGGGGGGGUUUGAGAGGCCCCUCAGGAGGUUCAGGCGGGAAGGUGACAGUCAUCACGUUUCCCAGAAUGUAUCCCAGCGUGGGAAAGCAGUUGUGCAGCGUCAUUGGGCAAGAUGUUUGUUUGUUUUUGUUUUUUUAAGGUACUUUACCCCACUGCCACUUCUGUGGACCUUGGAAGAUGGAGACAUAGUCACACACUUGUCUUGGGCAGCUGAGCUGUGGCCAGAGCCGAAAGCUUGCCCUGAAGCUUCAGCACUGGCCUGGUCCACUUCCUACUUUGUUCUCUUGGUUCCUUCAACACAAAGCUCCUUGGACUGAGUCAGCCCCAGGGCAGCGUCUGCCCAGGAGAGGGUGUCUGAGUCUUGGGGACAAGGAACUGGGGCAAGACUGGCAAAGAACACUUAGUGCCAGCGGUGGGAGGGGGAGGGAUACUCCCCCACCAGAGUCCAGUCUUGACGUGUGCCCUGGGAGGGAAGGUCUCUGCUAGUGGGAGAAGACUGGAGGGUGGUCCUGCCCAUGCCUUUUUCCCGAGUACCUACUGUGUCAGCCAUACAGUGCCAGGCAGUGAUACUAGGCAGCAUUGGACAUCAGCCCUGGAGUCACUGUCCUGCGGUCCCAGGUCUUCCUGAGCUGCUGCAGGGGGCUGUGCUCCAGGUGCAACGAGGGGUGUUCUGAGCCACAUAAGCUGAGACUGGAGCGUCUCACCCCGAGCCCAUCUGAGGCUGAGCCAAGAUUCAUUUCCAACUGCAGCCGAGUUUGUCAGAUGGUUGCCUGCCUCCUGCUUGGCCAGGGCUCUUCAGGGAGAAAGAGGGUGGGUCCCUGACAGAGGUUGGUCUGCUGCUCCUCCAGUGGCCUCCGUGGCCGUGUCGUAGGCAGGGAUCACCUGGUUCUCCUACACUCAGCCAUGCUCACCUGUCAGGGACUUCCAAGUCCCCACCAAGCCUGUCAUCCCUGCCCUCUGGCUGCUUUGCCCAUCUCCCUGAGAGUCAAGGACCUGGGUCAGUGGUGCUAGAUGGUGGCAGCCACGUGGGCCUUGGAGAUACACACAUUCGGUGGUCCUGGCCCUGGGGGAGCCUCAAAGUAGUCCCUCUGUCUCGGAGCUGCAGCUCUGGCAGGGCUGUGGGGAAAGAACAGUUGGUCAAGGCCUGGGAAGCCCUCUUUGGCAAGAGACCUGCCCAGGGUCUAUUGCUGGAGCAGGGAGCUCAGCUUGGUUGGGGGAGAGCAGUUGCUCAGGGAGGGCCUCAGUGCAGAAGAGGGCUGGGGUGGGGAUGUGAAGCCUGGUGGGGGGGGGGGGGGAGGGCUGGAGGGUGGGUAGAGUUUGUACAAAGCAGGGGCCCACACACCCUGCAGGAAAGAGAGGGUCCUCCCUACCUAUGUGGCCAAAUGAAAAAGAGCCACCUGGGAACAUCACCUGGAACUUGGGGCUGUCAUGCUCUCCCUCCUCCCAUAAAAGGGCAGUGAUAACUCUAGACCAGAUCCCUGGUGUCCCAUUUCCUGCCUGCCUUACUCCCUGUCCUUCCCACCCCCACCUGCACCCCCAUGCUACCUUUACUUCCUGUUUCUGGUAAUGUCUUAACGCUGUUGCCAAAGGGAGAUUUGCAGUGAGGACCCUCCAAGGGUCUCUCAGGCUCUGUCGGGGACCACACACAGUUCCUCAGUCACGCAAGCCCCUUCUGAUCUCUGUGUCUUUGAACUCAGCCUCCUGGCUGGAAUUCUCUCCCCACUUUCCCACCAGUCUCCGUGGGCUCCAGAGGCCAGGGCCAUGUCUGUGUCAACCACCUUUGUCCUCACAGUUGCUUGGAAUGGCUCAAUUCAUACUGACUUGAUUAAUUUGGAUGGAGUCAGGAGGUUUGAGAAGAGUGUCUUUUGUUAUUUUUGAGGUAUAGGUGAUGUACAAUGUUACAUUAAUUUCAGGGGUACGACAUAGUGGUUCAGCAAUUCCAUACAGUGCUCGCUGUGAUUGGAGUAGCCACCGUCUGUCAGGGUACAAAGUUAUUACAGUAUUAUUGAGCAUA